AUGCCUGCAUGCUAAACAAUCAUCGUAAUACAGGCAAGGAAAAUCCGUGUCAGCAGCAAUUCUUCAGUUGCCAUUAUAGCUAAGUUCAAAACUGUCCGGACGUGGGGAGAGGAAAUGAGAUUUUUUUUUUUACUCUACUAAGCAAUCCCUUCCUGUUACACGCUUAUGGAAAUAACGCCAUUUAAAUCAAGAGACGUUUCACAAGUUCAAAAGUGAACAGACCAUAAGGGUAAUUGUGAUUCAUUUGCAACCUAAACCUCUAAAGGAUGCAUUUUGAAGGCUGAGAUGCAACCGAACCUAAAGCUCAGCACAGGCUGGCAAGGCUGACCUUUUAAUUAUGGGAAUUUUCUCGUCACAGCUGGUUGAGCACUUUUGACACCCACUGCCCUGCGGGUAUCUCACAGAGCUAAGGAAUUUAUAAUGCUCUGUGUGCAGACGCUGGGCACGCAUGCUAUUGUUGUCUGUGUAUAUGUAGUGUACAGAGCUAGCCUUAUGAUAGUGCACCCUACGUACAUGUACAUUUACUGUCGGCUGUAUGUGUAUUACCCUGCACCACUGACAACCGCCAUGAUGCAUAGGCUCGAUCUGGAGCGGCCGUAAUGAUAAAUGGGCGAAACAUAGAAGACACAGCUGAAAGCAGCCGUGGGUGUACCCUUUUAGCCGUAUCGGGGAAGACAUCAUGGCCAAGUUGCAGGUGUUCGACGUGGUAUUCGACGGGAACAACACCGGCAUUUAUUCGUCGGGCGAGGUCGUCAGGGGCUUCGUCAGGAUUGUGCUCGGAGAACCCAAGAAAGAUGUCAGAGGUAUUGAAAUUAAGUUUAAGGGUGAAGCUCACACCCAUUGGUCAGAGGGAAGUGGCGACCACCGACGACAUUAUUCGGGGAGGGAAGUGUACUUCAAAGAAAAGCUCCUUUGUUGGGGGAAAGGGAAAAAUGAUCCCGGUGCAUCGAAAUUAUGUCUGGAGACCGGUGAACACCGUUUCCCGUUCUCUUUCGGGAUUCCAAAUAUUCCCCUGCCGUUCCCAUUCGAGUCGUCCGUCGGCUGGAUACGCUACAAGGUGUCCUGCAAGAUCGACAGGCCGUGGAAAUUUAACCACCAGACGGAGAGGCUGUUUACAGUGACCGGUGUCCCCAUUGACCUGAACACCAUGCCACAAGCCAGAACCCCUUCUCGUCAAGAAUCCUCAAAGACUGUAUGCUGCCUGUGCUGCGCCCAGGGUCCGAUCGUGACCAAAGCCGCCACCGACAAAGGCGCUUAUGUACCGGGGGAGAGUAUCUUCGUGUCCGGCACGGUGGAUAACAACAGCAGCAGGGAAAUUAUUGAUCUUACGAUAAAAUUGAUUCAGCAUGUCACUUACUUUUCUUCCGGUGGUCACAAAACCAGGCGAACGUUCACGGUGGUCAAAGAUAAAGGUCCCGGAUGCGGGGAAGGCGACGUGGCUCGGAUGGACUGGAAACCUCUUUUGGUUCCGUCAAUUCCUCCCACUGGUGCGCAAGGGUGCGGAAUCAUUCAGAUUGAGUAUUUUGUUCAGUUUGAAGGUGAUAUCAGCAACACGCCACUGGAUGCUGAAGUGAAGUUACCUGUUACCAUAGGAACUGUUCCCCUAUUCCAGCCUCUGUAUGGAGAUCCGUCGUCGGUGGUGAUUGAUCAGCCGUCCUACAGCGAUAACACUCCGCCGCCCCCGAGUUACCAUGUAGCCGUAGACGGACUCCAGGAGAUACCCAGCAAGAGUGGCUAUGACUACACCUUUGGGAAGCUGAUGUACGCCCCGCAGUACCCAACCUACAACCUGCCGGCGCAACCACCAACCUGGAAUCCCUCUUACCCGCCCCAGUAGUAACCGGGGGGGGCUACCCCGCAAGCUGUGGAAUUUUAAUAAAACGUUCACAUCUGCAUCAUCAUAAUGAAAUGAUAUUUAUGUGGCUCACUUUAAAGUACUGCAGAGUAGAAUACAAUUGAAGCAGUAACAGAAAGACAAAGCGACGAUUUCGCUUCCUGACGGCGUACAAUCAGUUGUGGAAUUUAAGUAGUUUUAGGUAAUAUAUUACAGAGGGGAUUAGGGAGCAUUUUUUUAUGUCAAAAAAUGCACGCGGGUUCGCUGGAAGGUGUUGCUAUAUUCUUUGAAACCUGGAAAGGUUGAUGGUUAAUGACUUCAGUGUGCUGUCUUUUACGUCAGAUGGCGUAUCAAACAGAGACCUAUUUAUCUCCUCGCCCUAUACUGUGACAGUUCUAGCUCCUGGCAGUUUGUUGCAUGAUUAUGUAUAUACAUGUAUUUACAUGAGUUUCUUUAGCCUUUCAGGAAGUUGAGUCUUUUGCAUUUUGUUGUUUAUGGCUGUCUUUCCAUAUACAGGUAUAUCUAAAUAUAUCUUACAGUAAUGCGUGUGUUGAAUGUAGUGAGAUUUGUAUAAUUGAAUGUUUCAAAAGAUAAAUAGAGCUUGAAUGUGGGUAAGUUAACAGCGGGGAAGUAGCAUGUGAUCUGAAUGGGCUGAUAAUUAACAGGUUGAUGGUACAUUAUCAUGUCUUUCAUGGUACGAUCUUGGUCCGUUAUGUAGAUUCCCAGCAUGGCCAACAAACGACUGAGAUGCGGUUUUCGAGUUGAGAUCUGUCGCGUUUAUCGUACUCUUCACCGUUUGUUAGCGGGCCUGACUUGAAGGCUGAAUCAUACUAGGCGCGAAAACAAACAGGCUGGCCGAAUUCUGAUGCCAGAUCAUAAUUUUGUGUUGAAAAUAG